UGGUUACCAGGAGGCACGUGAUAUAUUUCAAGAUGUCUGCGCCCAUAACGAUAAACACAGAUGAAUUUUUCUCAGUUUUUGUCAGUAAAACUCCCGUUUUCUAAUCCAUUUCUAAACAUGUUAUUGGGAAAACGCCAUUGAACUUAUAUAGAAGUGGAUUCAAGCUUCUCUUAUUCUUAAGCCACCUUAAUUCAAAAUCGGUCAUCCAUUUGGAAGACUGCGAAGGGAUAUGAACAGUACCAGUCAGUCCAGUGCCACCAUAUUUAUUUUGUUUUAAUCCACGGGAGAAACAUGAGUGCCGCUAAAAUGGUGGCUGACUCUACCCAGUCAGACGAACCACUGACCAAAAAACACAAAAUCACUUUAAAAAAGAACAAGAAAAAUAAACGAAAUACUGAUAAAAAGACUGCCAAAAAAGCAGCAGUUAAAGAGGGAUCUUAUGAUCCUCUUUUGGAUUUAUCAAGAGAUGUUCGUCCAAUUAAAGAUUAUUGUCACAAUAGAUGUGAAAUGUUGGAUGAGAUGUUUCAAUCCGUUAAAGGUUCAAGUUUUACGAUGAUUUUACCAGACGUGCUGCGAGACAUGGAGAUAAAAGAAUUGAAGCACCAGUGUCUGGAACAACUGGAAGUUAUGUCUAAGAAGAGAAUAUGCCGCAUCCUUGCAGGUGAUGAACCAGAUAAUAUAUCGUCAUCAGGUACAGAAGAUGAACUAGAAGUCAGUGUAGUAGAUGACAUGAAAUCUGGAGCAGCAGAUUCAACAUCCAUAUUAUAUACUGAAACUAACGCGAAAGAGGAUAUUUUUACAACAGAUUGUUGUGACAGUGAGAAUUCUACUGAUAAAGAUACUACCAGCAAGCCACUAGAUGAUUCAUCCAGUAGCAACCAGAUAGAUCUCAUAUCAGUUGAUGAUAUUAAGGUAGAACCAGGGUUGGAGGCGACUGUGAAAGAUCCAAUACCAGGAGUCAGUGAAAUCAAAAGUGAUACUAAUAUAAAUAAUGAAUCUAGUGAUAUAAUUCCAAUGUUAACUCAAAAUCACAUGGAGCUACUUGAACUAGAAAUGAGAGCAAGGGCCAUUAAAGCUAUGUUAAGGGCCCAGGAAUCUCAAAGUUGAAUAUUCAUGAAUCUUAUGUAAUGUUUCUUUUUGCUUAUUAAAACGUCUGAUAAAAAAUA